CAAACAAUAUGGUUGUAAAUAAGUUAAUAUCAUUCAGAUUAGGCAUAAUUUUAAAUUCUGAAUUAAGACAAUCAAAGAAAGUGUUUGUAUCAAUAAAACCUUUGAGUGCUAAGUGUUAUCAUACUCUUCCUAAAGUUCUUCAUCAACAUAGUCACGUAACCCCAAUAGGUAACAGAGUUGGAAAUUGUUUCUUAGCACCUAACAUUUUAUCAAGAGCAAUGAGUGGCAGUAAAUCUUUAAGUGUGAACUAUGAUGAUGUUGUAAAAGCUCAAGGUGAUAAGGAUAUUUUAAUCAUUGAUGUAAGAGAAGUUUCUGAAAUACAAGAAACUGGACAAUUGCCUGGAAGUAUUCACAUUCCAAUGAAUGACGUUGUUAAUGAGUUAAAUCUCUCGAAAGAAAAUUUCAAGAAUAAAUAUUCGAGAGAAAAGCCAGCUCUAGCAGAUAAGAUUAUUGUAAGCUGCAAAUCAGGCAGAAGAAGUGCAUGGGUUCAAUCAGAGAUUCAAAAAAUAGGUUAUUCCAACUCAUACAACUAUGAUGGAGGUUGGCUUGAUUGGGAAAAACAUCAAAAAGCAUUAAAUGCAAUAAAUGCAAGGAAGCGUGUUUUAUAA